AUGAUACAAAAUAAUGAAUGUAAUAAUUUAUAUUUUUUAGCAUUAAGUAGAAAUAAAGCAACAAUAUACGAAUAUGAUGUGAAUUUAAGUAAAAAUAUAAUAGAUGAAAUCAAUGAAGAAAUUAAAAAAAAUGAAGAACAAAAUAAAUUAAGUAAUGAUAAUGAUAUAAGAGAAGAAAAUAAAGAUAAAACUAAAGUAAACUAUUUAAAUGAACCUCGUUCGAGGAUAUUUAAAAAAUCUACGAAUAAUUUUAAUGAUUUUUUAUUAAAUAGGGGCAUUAGUGUGUACAAAGAAUUUGAUGACGUAGAGCUUGCAACAUGUACUAAUGAUUAUAAAAAAAUAAUACUUGUUAGAAAAUCUAGCUUAAAUAUUGCUGAGAUAAUAGAAAUAAAAAAUGAUAAAAAUGUUACUUAUAUAAAAACAAAAACACAAAUUAAAAGGAUAAUGACUAGCCCUCGAGAUAAUUACAUUGUAUUACAUUGUCAAUAUAAACCUGAUAUAGUAAAUACUAAUUUAUAUGUCUAUAAAAUUGGAAGUAAAUCUAAUAAAAAAAAAAAAAAUAAAGACAAAAAAAGUGUAGAAGAGAACAAUAAUGAAACUGAAGAAAAUUGUGUGAACGUAAAUAAUAUUAACGAAAAUAAUAUAGAAAAAAAUGAUAAUAAUAAUAGAAAUGACAAUAUAAUGUAUAACGAAUCAUUGGUAACUGAAUUAACUUUAAAAAGUUUUAGUAAUUAUAAUUGGCCUUUUUUUAAAUGGAGUGAUAGCGAAUCUAUAUGUACAUGUUUGAUCAAUAAUCAAAUAAAUAUUUACAAGGGAAAUAAUUUAUGUACACCUAUUAGUAAAUUGAAAUUACACAAUGUAGAAUUAUUUGAGCUAUCACCAGAAUUAAAUAAUAAAGAAGGUAUUUUAUUAGCUACAUAUGAACACGGAAAUAAUGGAACUCCAUCUACUUUUAGAAUAUUCAAUUUAAAUGACUUAAAUAAGCAAAUUUAUUCAAAAAGUUUUUUUAAUUGUGAUGAAAUAAAAAUAAAAUGGAAUAAAAAUGGAACAGCAUUGCUAUUACAAAUACAUACACAAGUAGAUAAAGAAAAACAUUCUUACUACGGAUCUAGUAGUUUAUAUUUUAUUGAUACGGUUACUUUAAAAGAAGUUAAUAUAAUGGCUAACAAAGGAUUAAUAUAUGAUACAAUAUGGUCUAAUAAGCAAAAUAAAUUUUAUGUAUGUAAGGGAGAAAUACCAGCUGAAAUUGUUUUACAUGAUAAAAAUGGAAGUGUUUCCCAUUCUUUUGGAAGACAUAAGUACAAUACACUAAAAUUAAAUUGUAAUGAAAAAUUGCUACUAACUGGUGGUUUUGGUAACUUAAGUGGUGAUAUAUCUAUAUGGAAUACUAUAAGUAAAAAAGAAAUAACAAAAACAAAAUCAUCUUGUGCUGUAAUUUGUGAAUUUUUUAAUGACGGAAAACAUUUUUUAACUGCAACUACGAAUCCAAGGUUAAGAGUUGAUAAUAAUUUAAAAAUUUAUAAUUAUAAUGGUAUAAUUGUUAGUAGAAUUAAUUUUGAUGUAUUAUAUAAUGUAACAAUUUUACCAUUUAAUAAAAUAAAAUUUAAUGAAAAAGAAUCUAUUGAUAUUAAUUUAGAUAAUUCAAAUAUGCAGAUAUAUAUUAAUAAACAAUUAGGUAUCGAUGAAAAAAAAACAGGUAUAUAUAGGGCACCCAGAUCAAGUGGAUUAAUAAAUAUAAACGGGAAUUUGACGUCAAAAGAUAAUAAGACCAAGUCAUCUUUACCACCAGGCUGUAAUUUUGUUGAUGAAAAUAAAAGUUACAAAAAAAAAAAAAAAAAAAAAAGUUAUAAAAAUAAGCAGAAAAGAGAAACGUUUUAA